GGAGCGCUUGUCAACAAAACAUGGCUGGAUUACAGAAGGGACACGGCGGCGGCUAUUAGGACACAUUCAAGGGGAAACGUCUCUCUGCUUAUCAUAUGAACGUAUCCACAGUUUAAAGCCGGUCUGGUUUCUCCUGUGUGAUUCGCGGCUCGUCCCACAUGAAGACAGAGUGAAGACAGAGACAUGCAUAAGCUCACAAGGGCGACGCUGGCCUUAAACGGUCUUGGCCGGUGUUUUAUUGCAGAGAAGCAUUUAUCUGGUAUUAAAAUCAUCAGCCGAGGAUUAGUGUGCGCAGAACAUGGAAACGAUCCUGGCAAGAAUGAGGUUUAUGAUGUUAUUAUAUCCGGGGGAGGAAUGGUUGGAUCUGCAAUGGCAUGUUCCCUCGGUAUGGAUCCCAACUUGGAGGGUAAGAAGAUUCUCCUGCUUGAAGCAGGCAACAAGAAAGUGAUGGACAAGGUGCCAGACACCUACAGCACCAGAGUCAGCUCCAUCAGUCCAGGCUCUGCGACCCUCCUCAGCAGUAUUGGAGCAUGGGAACAAAUCACAAAGAUGAGGUGCAAGCCCUAUCAAAAGAUGCAGGUUUGGGAUGCCUGCUCUGAUGCCCUGAUCACGUUCGAUAAGGAGAACCUGCAGGACGAGAUGGCGUACAUCGUGGAGAAUGACAUCGUUGUGGCUGCGCUCACUAAACAGCUGGACGGCCUGUCUGAUAACGUGCAAGUCAAGUACCGCUCCAAGGUGGUGAAGUACGCGUGGCCCAUGCCCCACCAGGCAGCCGAAUCCAUCCCGUGGGUCCAGAUCACGUUGGCCAGCGGAGAGACUCUUCAGACCAAGCUUCUGAUCGGUGCAGAUGGACCAAACUCGAUGGUGAGGCGGGAGCUGGGGAUCCCCACGGUCAAGUGGGGUUAUGACCAAUCUGCUGUGGUUGCCGUGUUGCACCUGUCAGAGCCCACGGAGAACAAUGUCGCAUGGCAGAGGUUUCUCCCAACGGGACCCAUUGCAAUGUUACCGCUGUCAGACACAGAGAGCUCUCUGGUGUGGUCGGCCAGCCAUCGGUUCGCAGAGGAGCUGCUGGAGAUGGAUGAGGAGAGCUUUGUCGACGCUAUCAACUCUGCUUUUUGGAGUAAUGAGAACCAGUCGGAGCUGAUUGAGACGGCUGGCUCUCUGUUCCGCAGCGCCCUGUCGGCCAUCAUGCCGUCUGCAGGUUCACCCCGACAGCUUCCCCCAAGUGUGGCAGGCAUCGGCCCGAAGUCCCGGGUCAUGUUUCCUCUGGGCAUGGGCCACGCAUCAGAGUACAUCAGGCACCGGGUAGCUCUCAUUGGGGAUGCAGCCCAUCGCGUCCAUCCUCUGGCAGGUCAGGGAGCCAACCUGGGCUUUGGGGACGUGGCUUGCCUCACACAGCUCCUGAGCCAGGCGGCCUUUAACGGGAAGGACCUGGGAGCGAUUCAGCACCUGUUAGAAUAUGAAACGGAACGCCAGCGGCACAACCUGCCCAUGAUGGCUGCCAUCGACCUCAUGAAACGCCUCUAUUCCACCAACGUCGCUCCUGUUGUCCUCCUACGCACCUUCGGCCUGCAGGCCACCAACAUGCUCCCAUCUCUGAAAGAGCAGAUCAUGGCGUUUGCAAGCAAGUGAUGCAUCUGUCCUGCAGUGGUUGGUUUUGGAUCUCCAGAUACUUUCUCGGAGUGUUCGCAGGGUGCCGAGGUUGAGGAGAAGAGGAAGGGGCGUUGUGUGGGUGAGGAAGCAUGGUGGGACCGAGUGUGUCUGUGAGGGGGACGGGCUGAUCGAGGGUGGACGGAGGACGGGAAGCCUCACA